GGACAGGUGAGCUGUCAGGUAAACAGCCUCACACACAGGUGAACAGAUAGAACGAGAAACAAGUCGAGACAGCUAGAGUCAGGUGAACAUCAGGAAUCUGAGCUGACGGAGGAGCAGACUGAAAGAUGCCUCCUCCGGUCCCGAAGCCCCGGUCUCGUUACACUAGAGACAGCUGGAGCUCCACCUCCUCCCUGGACAGGGACAUGAUGAAUGAAUACCUGCAGCCAGCUCUCUCUAACGGAGCCCACCUGAGUACAGAAGCUCCUCCUCCUCCUGCUGCCUCCAACCAGGAUGUCUUUCCAACCUUGUCAGGAAUCACUGAAAUCAUCGCCACCAACAUCCCGUCACUUGCCGGAGUCGCCACUGCCAUUGGAGGCCCCGCCCCCUCAGCUUCUUCAGCCCCCUCAGCACCACUCUCCAGAGGCAGCAUGGCUAAUAGCAUCUCCACCCACAUACCUGACUUAGCAGAAGCUACUUACACUGUGGCUAGCCCUGCUACACCUGUGCUAAAAUCCUCCCUUUCUGCACCCUCACCUGCUGCAGGUGCUGCUAACUUAGAUAACAUUAUUAGCUCGCUGGCUAACAUUCCCAGUUUCAUGGGGAUGGUUAGCAGUGUAGCUAAUCCUAUUGUCAGCCCCUUCCCAUCAGCCCCGUCCCUUUCACCUGGUGAAUCAUCACUGAGAGGGGACAGAGCUAGAGAUGGUAACACAGAUGUUGGAGAGCUCUCUCAGCUGGUGACAUCAUCAUUAGACCCGGCUGCAGGAGUCAAGCUACCACCUGUGGAGACUGCUGCAGAGUACACUGAGGAAGUUUUAUGUCCGUCUUCUCAUACCCCUAAAGAGGAGGACCCAUAUGUCACUGUGUUAGCCUGCUGGAUGAGCCAAGAGGAAGAGUCAUCCAAUGAGGAGGAUGAUACAGGAGGUAGCCCUGCCCUAUCUGGUUCUGAUGGACCAAUGGAGGGAGAUACUGGUUCUGAGCUGACCGGAACUACCAACGGUGUGCGGUUAAAUCAGCCUGAACGUUUGAUCCCCACUCGACCAGCCCCACCCCCUCCUAAUCGAGUGAACCAAUCAGAAAAACCCAUAAAACAGAAGACCCCAAGGGCGGCCACCAUCCGAGUUUCCAGGAAGAAGGGGAGUGGUGGGAGCUCUGCUCCUCAAAGUGCUGUGGUUCGAAACAGCUGGUUGGAUGUCUGGAAGGGCUUCAGAUACAGUGUUUUAUGGGCGACACUGGAUGGACAGUUGAUGCAUCUGUGGAAAAAACGCACAGACCGGUUCAGUGAAGUCUUAUUUCAUGUCUCCAGUAUAACCAAUGUGCGGACCCAGGACAAAGGCCGGUUCUCCAUCUUCUUCAGGAAGAAACAAUAUGACUUCAUGGCUCUGAACACUGAGGUUCAGGAAGGUUGGGUCACAUCUCUGCUGGCAGCUAGAGGCCAGCCAAGCCCCGCCCCCCCAGAGUUGCAUGGACAAAUCACCAUCAAGGAUACACGAAGCCGCGCCUACGCUGCAGUGUGGGGUCAUGAUCUGUGGAUUUAUCCUAACAAAGACAGCUUCCAGCUAGGCGUGGCAUCCUUCUCCGUCCCUCUGAAUGUGGCCACAGUGAAGUGCAUAGGAAAACACUCGUUUAGCCUCAUCACUCCAUACAAGACCUUCAACCUGUCCGUCGAUUCAUCAAAGGAUCUGUCCGUCUGGUUGGACAGCUUGUCCUCAACCAUUCGCAAUGCUCUGUCCUGCAGCCAGGUGACGCUGCGUCUCUGGGAAAACCCAUACAACAAGGUAUGUGGCGACUGCGGUGCAGCCAGUCCUGAAUGGGCGUCGGUCAACCUGCUGCUGGUCAUCUGUCAGAACUGCGCAGGUCAACAUCGAGCUCUGGGCAGCAAGCUGUCUAAGGUCCGUAGUCUGAAGAUGGACAACAAGAUCUGGACUGAACCACUCUUACAGCUGUUUGUUAUCCAUGGCAACAGACUGGCCAAUCAGGUGUGGGCUCCAGCUGUGCCGGCUAUUGAGCAGCUGCGUCCAGAGUCGACAGAUGAGGAGAGGUCAAAGUUCAUCCAGAACAAAUACAGCAGAGGGCGCUACAGACGAAUCCACGCCCUGACGUCCAGCCGUUCUAUGAUGGAUCAGAGGCUGUGUCAGGUGGUCUGCAGUAGCGAUGUAGAGGAGACCAUGUCUCUGAUCUGCUCCGGAGCAAAGGUGUGUCCCUCUGACCCACAGAACCCCUCCCCCAUCCUGCUGGCUGAGAGAGCCAAUCAGGCACUGCAGACCGAGCUGCUGCGGCUCAAUGAGUACACAGAGAUCCCGCCACACCAGCCCCUGUCAGCCAAAAGGAGACUUGACUCCGCCCCAUCAGGUGAGGAAGAGGAGGAGGAACUUCAUGGUAAACUGGAGGAAGAUCGUUUUCUCUUCUCAUUGGAAAAUGACUCUGCAGCCUGCGACGUCCUCGACCUGCGAGAGGUUCUGUCGGUCUUCCUCAAAGAUGGAAACAUUCAUCAGUUUGAGAUGGUGACACUGAGCGAUCAGCUGAUCUGUGAUGCUGACAACAAAGAGACACUGCUUAAUCACCUGGUCCACAUCCUGAAGGUGAUUCUUCCUAAGGGCGUGUCUUAUGCAGAAGUGGGCGGGGCUUCAGCUGUCAGUAAAGUGUGUAUGGUUGAAGUGGGAGGAUCCUCGAACCAGUCGGACGCCUGGUUGUUACUGUGGGAGGAUGGAAUCAGCGUUCAUCCUGUCAACAGACACUCACAGCAACCUCUAAGGAUCGAACUGAGCGCACUCAGUCACCAUGAAAUGGAUCCAUCAGAAAACAUCAUCACCAUGGUAACCACAGACAGGACUGUGUCACUUCGCUUUGAAGAGCUGCGCAGCUGUAACACUUGGUUCAGCCACCUGCAGAAAGCUCUCACCAAUCACAGCCCAGCUUUACAGCGACCUCCAGCAGCCAAUCAAAGCUCUUCUCGUCAGUCUUUAUACCCGGUGAUUGACGCAGGGUUCAGAGGUUCUGUACCGCCGGCCAUCGAACGCUGCAUCUCCCACAUAACCACCUAUGGUCUGACGGUGGAAGGCGUGUACCGGCGCUGCGGCCUUGUUUCCAAAGUAAACCGACUGGUGGACGCCCUGAUGAUAUCACCAAACUCCGCCCCUUUGGAGAAGGAUGAGCAGGGUGUGUUGGACGCUGGCUCCGCCCUCAAACAAUAUGUUCGCCAGCAGCCAAGUCUGCUGCCCAGCGGACAGCAACAGCAGUGGCUGCAGGCUGCAGGGAUUCCGGAUGAACGCAGCAGGUUUAAAGAAUACAGACGGUUGCUACGGCAACUUCCUGAUGACAACAGAGCUACGCUGAAUGCUCUGUUUGGACACUUCUACAUGAUUCAAGUGUUCUCUCAGGUAAACAAGAUGUCGGCUCACAACCUGGCUGUGGUUCUGGUUCCGUCUGUCUUCCAGUUGAUGAACCAGGACCUGAUCCAACUCACUAAAGAGUUCAUCAUCCACCACACGCUGCUGUUCCUGACACCAGAAGGAGAGCAGAGGAAGGACGAUGAUGAGGAGGUCACCGUCCUCUGAUGAAGAUGGACUUGUGGUUCCUGGUCUCCUUGAGCUGAUUGUAGAACUUUUUACUUCCUUCAGGCUGCCUCUGGUUCUGGGUAUUGGUUCUGAUCCAAACUGAAAUGAUUGCCUUUAUUCUUAAGAUCAAUAAAUGAGGUUUUGGUGUUUUCUGUGGUA